AUGGCAACGGCAACGACAACUGGUAAAGCUAAAUGUUUUGUUUGCGAUAAAGAGAAAGUCGUUUAUCUAUGCGAAGGAUGCUCACAAAAAUUUUGUUUUACGCAUUUGAAUGAAUAUCGUCAAAAUAAUGACGAAGAAUUCGACAAAACUAUCACUGAAUGCGAUUGGUUUCAACAAAAACUUAUUGAGCAAAAAGGAGAUCAAAAUCAACGCUCAUUAAUUCAACAGGUCGAUAAAUGGGCAGAAGAUUCAAUUAUGAAGAUAAAACUAACAGCAGAAGAAUGUAAAAAAUUUUUAUUUGAAUCCACGAAUGACAAUAUUAUUGAAAUAGAAAAGGAACUAAAAGAAUUUAUUCACGAGUUGGAACGAAUUCGUCAAGAAAAUGACUUUAAUGAAAUUCACUUGAAUCAAUUGAGAAAUAAGUUAAAUAAACUUGAAAAGAAGUUUGAUGAAUCAUCAAAUAUUUCAAUUCAACGGUAUUCUACAUCAUUUAUAAAGAAAAUUUCAAUCUCCGAAUAG